AUGACGGGGCGGUACACGGUGCUGCACCUCCCGUGCCGCGCCGACGUGACCGGCGGCUUCACGUCGCUGCAGGUGUUCACGCUGCGGGUGGGGGACGAGGACGACCCCUCGCGGGCGUGGGCGUGGCGCGACGUCCCCGUCUCUUUCCCCGGCGGGGCGACCGCGACGUGCAGCGUCGACGCCGGCCUCGUCACCGUCGACGGCGCCACGUACUGGGUCAGAAAGGACGCCGGGAGGGUCGCGCUCGCCGCGCCGCUGCAGGUGGUCCGCGGGCCUGGCAGUGGCUACGUCCUCCGCCUGGCGGAGGUCCGCGGGAGGCUGGGGCUCGCCGUCCGCGCCGACAGACGGGGCCCGUCGAAGACCGAGGUCUCGGUUCUAGGCCGGCAGGGGUGGAGCCGGCAGUAUAGCGUGCUGGUGCAGGCAGCGGAGGUGUGGCAGCGGCUCGCCGCCCGCACUUCGCGCACGGCGGCUACGUGCUCACCGAUGCGCGACAGCGGCGAGGUGAGGUCCAUGCGGAUCAGGGAGCAGGGAACGGUGGCGGCCUACUGCAAGGACGGUUACCACCUUCGGGCCUUCGCUUACGUCGAGACCACGGAGCCGCUGCUGAGUGUCUUCAAAACGACGGCUACCAAGCUGUCUUCUUGA